ACGCCAAGAAGAUCAUGCGGUUAUUUCCGGGUUGGCAACCGAAAGAUCCAUUUCCUUCUUGCGAGCGCGUGAGAAACGUUGUGUUGCUGCUUAUAAGAUUGGUGAAAAAUCCGCGGGCAUCGGCGGAUUUUGACGGCCCUCAAUAAGAAAUCAGGAUGACUGUGUGAUUGAUCCGUGUGCCAAGCACGGAGAGGACUGUUUCUAUACUUAAUGAUCGAACUUGAAAUAAUCAAAAAUGUAUUUGUACAAUUUGACACUGCAACGUGCCACAGGCAUCACACAUGCCGUGCAUGGAAACUUCUCAGGAAGUAAGAUGCAAGAGAUCUUGGUUUCCAGAGGAAAGUCCUUGGAACUUCUUAGGCCAGAUCCAAAUACUGGAAAAGUGCAUACAUUAUUGACUGUUGAGGUUUUUGGAAUCAUAAGAUCAUUGAUGGCCUUCAGACUUACUGGUGGAACGAAGGAUUACAUAGUUGUUGGAUCCGACUCGGGUCGUAUUGUGAUCUUGGAAUAUAUUCCUGCAAAAAAUGUUUUUGAAAAAGUGCAUCAGGAAACCUUUGGAAAGAGUGGCUGCAGAAGAAUUGUUCCUGGCCAGUAUUUGGCUAUCGAUCCUAAAGGACGUGCUGUUAUGAUUGGUGCCAUUGAAAAACAAAAGCUCGUUUACAUUCUAAACAGAGAUCCUGAAGCUCGACUUACAAUUUCCUCACCAUUGGAAGCUCACAAAAGUAACACCCUAGUAUAUCACACUGUGGGUGUAGAUGUCGGUUUUGAGAAUCCAAUGUUCGCAUGUCUUGAAAUUGACUAUGAGGAAGCUGACAGUGAUCCAACGGGCGAUGCUGCAGUCAAGACGCAACAAACCUUAACCUUAUACGAAUUAGAUCUUGGCUUGAACCAUGUUGUUCGCAAAUAUAGUGAACCUCUAGAGGAGCAUGCAAAUUUCCUUGUGUCUGUUCCUGGAGGAAACGAUGGACCCAGUGGUGUACUUAUUUGUUCUGAGAACUAUUUGACAUACAAGAAUCUUGGAGAUCAGCAUGACAUCCGCUGUCCAAUUCCCAGGCGAAGAAACGACUUGGACGAUCCUGAGCGUGGAAUGAUAUUCGUCUGUUCAGCGACGCAUAAGACAAAGAGCAUGUUCUUCUUCCUGGCACAAACAGAACAAGGAGACAUAUUCAAAAUCACAUUAGAAACAGAUGAAGAUAUGGUGACUGAAAUCAAAUUGAAGUAUUUCGAUACUGUACCUGUUGCAACAAGCAUGUGUGUUCUGAAAACUGGCUUUCUAUUCGUUGCUUCUGAGUUUGGAAAUCAUUACCUUUAUCAAAUCGCUCAUCUUGGAGAUGAUGACGAUGAACCAGAAUUCAGUUCUGCAAUGCCUCUCGAAGAGGGAGACACAUUCUUCUUUGCUCCAAGACCACUACGUAAUUUAGUGUUAGUCGAUGAGAUGGACAGCUUAUCUCCUAUCAUGACGUGCCAGGUUGCUGAUUUAGCAAAUGAAGAUACACCUCAGUUAUACAUGGCAUGCGGAAGAGGUCCUAGAUCUACGUUACGAGUAUUACGACACGGUCUUGAAGUUUCCGAAAUGGCGGUCAGUGAACUUCCGGGAAACCCGAAUGCAGUCUGGACUGUCAAAAGAAGAAUAGACGAGGAGUAUGAUGCGUACAUCAUAGUGUCCUUCGUGAAUGCCACUCUUGUGCUUAGCAUUGGCGAGACUGUCGAGGAAGUGACAGAUUCCGGUUUCCUUGGUACUACGCCGACGUUGAGUUGUUCUGCUCUUGGAGAAGAUGCUCUUGUACAGGUGUAUCCUGAUGGUAUUCGGCAUAUUCGAGCAGAUAAGCGUGUCAAUGAGUGGAAGGCACCUGGCAAGAAGACCAUUGUUAAAUGUGCAGUUAAUCAGCGUCAAGUUGUAAUUGCACUUACUGGAGGGGAGCUUGUGUAUUUUGAAAUGGAUCCCACGGGUCAACUGAACGAAUAUACGGAGAGAAAGAAAAUGCCGUCGGAAGUAAUGUGCAUGGCACUUGGAAAUGUGGCUGUUGGAGAGCAACGAUCCUGGUUCUUGGCUGUUGGUCUUCAGGAUAAUACUGUCAGGAUCAUCUCACUGGAUCCUUCAGAUUGUCUUGCUCCGAGGAGUAUGCAAGCGUUGCCAGCCGCUGCUGAGAGUCUCUGUAUCGUGGAGAUGGGUGCUAAGGAUUCCGAUAAUUCAGAGGACCUGGCACCGCAGCAAUCCAGUCUGUAUCUUAAUAUAGGCUUACAAAACGGCGUAUUACUCAGAACAGUAUUAGAUCCUAUAUCCGGUGACCUCGCUGACACCAGGACCAGGUACCUGGGUUCACGACCUGUAAAACUAUUCAGAAUAAGAAUGCAAGGGAACCAGGCAGUGCUAGCUAUGUCAAGCAGAUCCUGGCUGAGUUAUUAUUAUCAAAAUCGUUUUCACUUGACGCCAUUGUCAUACGAAAGUCUGGAGUUUGCCUCCGGGUUCAGUUCUGAACAGUGUCCUGAGGGUAUCGUAGCCAUCUCCACGAAUACCCUUAGAAUUUUGGCUCUGGAGAAGCUCGGAGCUGUCUUCAAUCAAGUCAGUUUCCCCUUGGAGUACACUCCCAGGAAGUUCGCUAUUCAUGCGGAUUCUGCGCACCUGCUGCUCAUUGAAACCGAGCAUAAUGCUUAUACGGAAGAGACAAAACAGCAGAGACGCUUGCAAAUGGCUGAGGAGAUGCAGGAGGCUGCUGGCGCUGAGGAAGCUGCAGUUGCACGUGAAUUGGCUGAAGCUUUCUUAUCCGAGGAACCCAACGAGGCUGUCUUCGGAGCUCCCAGAGCAGGUCCAGGAUUGUGGGCUUCGCUCAUAAGGAUCAUAGCACCCACAACUGGACAAACGUUGGAGUUGCAUCGUUUGGAACAAAACUACGCUGCCUUAUGCUUGGGCUUGGUGAAGUUCGCUAAUCAGGGAGAUCAACAGUUUUUAAUUGUUGGCGUAGCCAAGGAUUAUCAACUCAAUCCAAGACUUAGCAAUGGCGGCUUUCUUUAUACUUACAAAGUGAACGCAGAAUGUACAAGUAUAGAAUUGCUGCACAAGACUGUCCUAGACGAAGUUCCAUUGGCUAUAUGUUCCUAUCAGGGUCGUGUGUUAGUAGGAGUCGGCAGGAUGUUGCGUCUUUACGACAUGGGCAAGAAGAAGCUCCUGCGUAAAUGCGAGAACAAGCACAUUCCCAACGCCGUAGUAUCUAUAAAUGCUGUUGGUCAGAGAAUAUACGUAAGCGAUGUCCAGGAGUCGGUCUACGCAGUCAGAUACAAGCGGCAAGAAAAUCAAUUGAUAGUAUUCGCCGAUGACACUCAUCCAAGAUGGAUAACAACCACCUGCGUAUUGGAUUACGACACAGUAGCGACAGCAGAUAAAUUUGGCAACAUAGCUGUGAUUCGACUGGCCAGCGGCAUUAACGAUGAUGUCGACGAGGAUCCCACCGGUAACAAAGCUCUGUGGGACAGAGGUUUAUUAAAUGGCGCCAGUCAAAAGGCAGACACAGUUGCUUGCUUUCACAUCGGCGAGACUGUCAUGUCCUUGCAAAAGGCUACCUUAAUUCCCGGCGGAUCAGAGAGUCUUGUUUAUACAACACUAAGCGGCACCGUCGGCGUCCUUGUACCGUUCACCAGUCACGAGGAUCACGACUUCUUCCAACACUUGGAAAUGCACAUGAGAUCGGAACAUCCGCCACUCUGCGGCAGGGAUCACCUAUCCUUCAGGUCAUAUUAUUAUCCCGUGAAGAACGUCAUCGACGGCGACCUCUGUGAACAAUUCAAUUCCAUUGAGCCUGCCAAGCAAAAGAGCAUCUCCGGCGACCUGGAGAGGACGCCAUCGGAAGUCUCGAAGAAGCUAGAAGACAUUCGAACCCGUUACGCCUUCUAAAAUGUCUCUGGAUCCGUUGACGUUGCGAAACUAGACUUACGGUGUGUUCGUGAAAUCAUUAAUAAAUUAAAUGAACAAUUAAAUUCGCACUUUUGCGAGCCAAAGAACGUACGAAGUAAGAUUUCCAUUGAUCGGACAUGUAUUUAUUAUCAAACGACCUUUCGUUUUCAAUAAAAACUACAGUUAAAGGAAAUCAGUACGAUCUUGCGUUAAUAUCUUGUAUGACGGGUGACUUAAAUGAAAGUAGUCACAGGUUACCCGUGAUUUCAUUUAAUAGUCAGAAAAAUGAAAUUGACCAAAUAGUUACUCUCAUGGAAUUCCGAUGUAUCGAAAAAUACAAUACAAUUGAACAUGUAUUAAACAUAUGUUGAAACAUGCUCCGACAUAAUAUAACCGUGCAUUGUAAUUUGGAUGCAUCUGUAUUUCAGGAGAAUUUCAUGAAAUUUCAUUUCAGUCGUGUGGUACGUUCGGAUUUUUGACAAUCAGGUGAAAUCACGAGUGCCAAUACUGUGUUCGGAUCAAAAGUAUAUUUAGCUGCUAUUUUAAUCUGAGCCUACCCAGUGUAUUUAAACGAUAAAAUAGAUUGUUAUACAUUCGCAUAAAAAUCGUGUGCACACUCAGUGGCAUAGAAAAUUAUAAUGACAAAGUAAAAUGAUUUUUUAUUA